AUGCGACCGUGCGAUUGUUUAAUCGAGUCGUCAAUCCGCUAUCAAGCGAGCAGAUCGGUCACUGCUCAACAGGCAGCACAACGCGCUAUGGCGGCAGCGAAAAUCGAGCGAAUCAAUGCCGUACAAUCAACACAACCAGCGAUCAAGUUGACAAUGGAUUUCAGUGCGUUCAGUAGUGCCGAAGCACCAGCAGUUACUUCGGAACCUUAA